UUCGGAAGUGUUUACGUUUCACUCUGCAGUUCAUUCAGAAUGAGUGGGACGUUGACUACUAUGCUGAAAGGUUUCAUUUUGUCAAGACACUUGUUGGAAUAUUCCUACUUUAAUUGGAUUUGUUCAAUAUGUCCAUGUCGUGUAGCCCACCACCAGCCAGGGUGGAAGGAUGGCUUGAAGUAUUUGAGGAGCAUGGAUUAGAGUUUACCAAGCCUGGUUGUUUUGAUGCUUUACAUCUGAUAAGAUGGAAGAUUCAAUAUAUAGUCUUACAAUACAAACAGAAGAGACUCUACCAUUGUAAUGACAAACAGUCCGCUGUAGAGAUCCAGCAUAGAGCUCCUGGUCCAACAGUAAGACUAGACAAGGAGCUAUGGAAUCUCUACCAACCAUGGAGUGGGAGCUAUAGUCUACCAUCAGCUGCCUCCCCCAAAGUUAGAAGGAGUCCCUCCCUCCUACGCAAGGCUUAUAAAGGUAUGACAUUUGCAUUCUCUUGCAUACAGAAAAUAUAGGGUUAUGGUAUACAAAAACAAACAACUAAAGCUUGUUUGCCAUUAUCUGACUAGCAAAUUACCAAUUGAUCUACACCUUUACCAUUCAACCAAACCUAGUAAAAAGGACCGACUGUUUAUUUCAUUAGAAAUUUAAAAGUUGUGCUGAUCCUACCCUAAUGGUAUCAAUUUUUCUAGAUUUUUGUACUUUACAAAUAAGGUCAAUGAAAAUUGCUGAAUGGUAUACUAGAACAUUGUCUUGAGUGGGAUCGGUCCCUGACUCUUGAUCUCGGUAUAAAAAUAAAUAUCAUAGCUAAAAAGUUGCACUGUUACAGCAAACAAUAAUGUUGUAGGCCUAAAUGGUAAUAAAAAAACAAAAAUAGGGAAAGAGAGGAGGAGAAUCAAGUUAACUAAUUAUAAUCAGGGGAUGAGAGUUCAAUUUGUUUUCAUUAUUAAUUUCAGCUUAUUUUAGCUUUCCUCUACAAAAGUAUGAGAGUUCUUUC